AUGGAUAUCGGUGGUUUGGAGACGGUGGUGGCAAACUCUGCAUACGUCUCAGCCCGUGGCAGCGUGGAUGGAGCCGCAGCAGCCACCAUGCGUGACAAGAAGAUGCGUGCUCGACUGAAUCUCCCACACAUCAGAGAUUGUGAACAUAUGAAGGCAACUAUAGACACAACCUUUGGCAGCAUGUGUAUCAAACAGCCGAUUGGCAAGCGCCUGUUCCAACAGUUUCUUGAGAGCGAUGCGACCCACAAAAAUGCUGGAGAGCUGUGGAAAGACAUAGAAGACUACACCAUAUGCCAAGAGAAGGACAGAGUUCAGAAGGCCCAAAAAAUGGUCAACAAAUACUAUGAGUCAUCUUCAAAGAAUUUUUGCAGCUUCCUGGAAGAGAAGGCCGUCACUCGAGUUAAGGAAGACUUCAAGAACGUUCGUGGAGACCUGUUUAAAGAGAGUGAGCAGCAGCUGCUCAAACACCUGGAGAAGAUGGCCAAAGAUGGCUUCAUGAACAGCAUGUACUUCCUGCGUUUUGUUCAGUUCAAAUGGCUGGAGAGCCAGCCUGUUGAUGAGGAGUGGUUCAUGGACUUCAGGGUCCUGGGUAAAGGUGGUUUUGGGGAAGUGUUUGCCUGUCAAGCUAAGGCAACGGGCAAAAUGUACGCCAACAAGAAGCUGGAGAAAAAAAGGCUGAAGAAACGCAAAGGCUACGAGGGAGCAAUUGUGGAGAAGCGCAUCCUUGCAAAAGUUCACAGUCGCUUCAUCGUGACGCUGGCUUACGCCUUCCAGACCAAGACUGACCUCUGCCUAGUUAUGACCAUCAUGAAUGGUGGAGAUCUCAGGUAUCACAUGUAUAAUGUGGAUGAGAAAAAUCCUGGUUUUGAUGAGAAGAGAGCAUGUUUCUACACAGCUCAGAUCAUCUGCGGGCUGGAGCACCUUCACCAGCACAGAAUCAUCUACAGAGACCUGAAACCAGAGAACGUACUGCUGGAUGAUGCAGGACAUGUCCGCCUAUCAGAUUUGGGUCUGGCUGUUGAACUUCCACCAGGAAAAGACAAAACUACUGGAUAUGCUGGAACUCCAGGUUUCAUGGCCCCAGAGCUGCUUGAGAAGAAGGAGUAUGAUUACACAGUGGACUAUUUCACUCUGGGAGUCACCCUGUAUGAGAUGAUUGCUGCCAAAGGGCCCUUCAGAGUACGAGGAGAGAAGGUUGAGAAUAAUGAGGUAGCUCGCAGAAUCUUGAAUGAUCCAGUGUCAUAUAUACCAAAGUUCAGCAAAGAAAGCAAGGAUAUUUGUGAAGGUCUGAUGGAAAAAGACCCAGCGAAACGCCUCGGCUUCAAAAAUAAUGGCUGCGAGGAGCUCAAGAAUCAGCCCUUCUUCAAAGAGAUUAACUGGGGCCGCCUGGAAGCAGGUAUGCUGCCACCACCAUUUGUCCCUGAUCCUAAGAUGGUCUAUGCCAAAGACAUUGAUGAUGUGGGCGCCUUCAGCACAAUGAAAGGUGUGGUCCUGGAUAACAAAGACACAGAGUUCUACAAUGAAUUUGCCUCUGGCAAUGUCCCAGUCCCCUGGCAGGAGGAGAUGAUCGAAACAGGAGUGUUUGGAGAGUUGAAUAUCUGGGGAGAAAACGGCAAGCUGCCCAAUAACCUCGAUCCAAACUAUGUGGAAGCCAAAGGUGGAGGAUGUGUGAUUCUUUGAACAGCAACAGUUGGAAACAGAGGAGAGGAAGGAAGGGUGAAAUUAAACACAUGUAGAUUUGGUAUGUGC